AUGUCCAAGAUGACCCCCUCCUCCCGCGCGACAGCACGCUCUCCCAACCCCCCCCCCCCCGAAUUCCCCGCGGACACUCAGGACCAGAUCUCGCAGCUUCUUUCAACAUCGUCGCUAAGCCGCUUGGUUGUGCUGGACGAUGAUUCUACGAGGACCCAGACCUGCCAUGAUGUCGCCGUACUCACAGUUUGGGAUAUUCCGACCCUGACGGAGGAGUUCGAGCAGGAGUCCCUCGGCUUCUUCAACCUCACCAACUCCCGUGCCUUGCCCCCCCUCGAAGCGGAGAAACUCAUCCGUGCAAUUUGCGGGAAUGUCGCAGAGGCAGCAAAGCUGUCAGGCCAGACAGUCGACAUUGUGCUUCGCGGAGACAGCACGUUGCGCGGCCACUUUCCCCUCGAGGCGGAUGUCGCGCAGUCCGUGUUUGGUGCCACAGAUGCGUGGGUGCUGGCUCCGUUUUUCUUCCAGGGUGGCCGGUUCACCAUCAACGACGUACACUAUGUGGCCGAGGGCGAGAGCCUGGUGCCUGCUGGCUUGACGCAGUUUGCCAAGGACGCAACGUUCGGAUACAAGAGCUCGAAUCUGAGGGACUAUGUGAUGGAGAAAGCUCCUGGGCGGUUCACCCCAGAGCAGGGCGACAUCCGCAAUGGCGGUCCCGAGAGAGUCUACGAGAAGCUCAUGAGCUUCCCCAAAGGAGGCGUCGUUAUCGUCAACGCCGCCGCCGAGUCCGACAUGCACGUCUUCGUCGCCGGCUUGCUGCUCGCCGAAGCCAAAGGCAAACACUUCCUCUACCGCACCGGCGCAGCCUUCGUCUCCACCCGUCUCGGAAUCCGCUCCAUCCCCCCGAUCACAGCGCCGGCCCUCGACCUCCCCCGCCCCCGCCAAAUAGGCGCCCUCAUCCUCGCCGGCGCCGUCGUCCCCAAAACAACCGCGCAGCUCAAGUUCCUCACCGACGCCCGCGGGCCCACCGGCGCCCUCGCCAUCCUCGAAAUAGACGUUGCGGACCUGAUCGCCUCCCCCACCAGCGCCGCAGCCGUCGUCGACAAAACCGGUGGGAUCACAUCCUCCGAAGCCGCUAGCAAGGGCCUGGGUAUCAAGCGGGCGGUGGUUAUCGGGCAGGCUGCGCCUGGGGUGUUGCUCUGGCGGUGUGACGAGCCGACGUCCAGACAUCAGGGUGUGUCGUUUGUGGUGUUUCCGGGGAACGUGGGUGGGGAGGAGACUCUUUGUGAGCUGGUGGAAACGUGGAGUUGA